AUGGAUGCAGAAGGUCCACCAAUGGAUCUAACGAUGAGUGGCGAUUUGAGCAUCGUCGACGGCGCUGGUGGAGGCUGGGCAUCUUCGUCGAUGAUGGUGGCUCCUCCGCAAACGCCUUCUGUCCGCCGAACCCAGGACUUUGACGAAAAGGACAUGUCUUCUGACGAUCUUGAAACGACUCUGCAAUCAACGAAGAAAGUUCGAGACGAGUACAAAAGUUUCGUCGACGACAGCAACGACCGCAUCGUCAAGGGGCUUCGACACUGCGAGACAAGUGAAAACGUUGUUUUUGUCGCUGAACAUUCGAUCAUAAAGGAUCAAGAAUGGGCGUUCGAAGAUGAAAUUCAAAAAAUGAUGAAGCGGCUCGAACUUUUGAGGAAAAGAGAAACUCUGGAAGAUAUUUUGAAAAAGUAUCCUUCGAGAAGAGAGGAAACUGAAAAACAGCUGAAUGAAGUUAAUGCUGAACUCGAUGCGUUGGAUGAUACUGUUGCUGAAGAUCCCUCGAAAACCGAAACAAGUCUUGAUUCGACGAAAGAAUCGACCAUCAACAGGACUCAAAUUAGCUAUCUCAAGAUAAUCCACUAUCAGGAACCAGCUGAUGAAGUGGUCGAAACUACAGUCACGAUCGCGGCCCAACCAAUCUUCGAAUACGAUAUUCCGCAGUUGACAAGACAGCAUGUCGAGGCGAUUCGCUCGAAAAAGGUCGAACAUGUCAAGAUGGUUUCCAAAGAAUCGCAGACUGAGCCGCCCGAGCGCAAGAAAUCCGAAGACUAUUCCUCCCAAACUCCGCAAUUGCAGGUCAAGGAUGAGAAAUCGCAGGCGAAGGUGUUGGCGCAUGAAAUAGCCAUGCAAACGACGAAGCCGAAGAGUGGUGUUGAUGCCCCAAGCCAAACAAAUGUGCAGAGGAACACGACCAUGGAACUGACCGACUCGUUUUCUCAAACAAAGGAAAUUCUCAGCUCGAACAAGACUCAGCAAACAUCAAAUUUGGACUCUGGAAUCGACUCGGCCGCGGAUCACUCGGAUAUUGAAGCUACCCCGGUUCAGAAGGCGGUGAUUGUCAACAGGAUGCAGCAGCAGCAGAAUGUCAAUGCAGCGGCACCGGUUGUGCAAAAGACAAUGAUGGAUAUGGCCUGCGAUCCGAUUGAGUGGCCGAAAUCGAAGUAUGACACGAUUGAAACCUCUUCCAGCUCAUCCUCCGACUCUGAGUCCGAAAACACCAAGUCUUCCAAGUCCUCCAAAUCCGACAAAGCAAAGAAACUCGCCAAAGCCAAGGUCAUCAAGGACAAAUCGAAGAAAACCAAGACCAAAUCCUCCGGCACCAAUCCCGAGAAAAUCAAGACGAAGGAUCAAUCGACCAAGACCAAGCCCAAAGUCACGAGUUCAAAAACCAUCCAGACGGAAAAAGUGAAGAACGAAAAGAUGGUCAACAAGCAGGUGAACACCUUGUUCGAUUCGAGGAAAAUCGCCGAGUUAAAGCAAAAAGCAGAAGAUUUGAAGCGCGAAAAUGAAAUGCUAAAGACCGCGGCGCUCGCCCAAAAACUCAAAAAGGAGGAACGAACGAGUUCUAGCGAUGAAGACACUAAGCCAUCUAAGGUGAAGAUCAAACGCGUACCGAGCAAGAAAAAGACGAGCGUUGAAAAACGACCGCUGAGCACUGCCUCGAUGAAAUCGACCGACGAUCUUUCACUUUCAAGUGAUGUUGAUGCCCCACCAGUUUUUAUCGAAAAUGUUGAAGCUCCUCCAGCUGUUCAAGCUCUGCCGGUGCAAGAAAACCUCGUCCAAUCAGCCGGACCACCGCCGCCGGAAGCGAGUGAAGAUGAAGGCACACAGCUGGAUCGUGAAAAGGUCAAGAAUGCUGCCAUUCUCAAAAAUAUGAAGGAAAGAGAAAACGAAAUCGACGAACUGAAAGAAAAUCUCGCGAAAACGGAGGCAGAGAAAAAGGUCCUGGAAGACAAGUUCUUUGAAAUUGGCGAGGCGCAGUUGCAGGAAGAAGCGCUCAAGAGGGAGAUUGAACGAUUAACUGCUGAAAACGAGGCUUUACGAAAACAACUAGAGGAUGAUGACAAAGAAGAGAGGCGCAAAAACGCUUUCCUUCUCUCCCAAUUGAAGGAAAAAACUGAAGAAGUGGACAAAAUCCAAGACGAUUUCAACUCGAAUCUGAAGGGCCUUCAAGAUGAUUUCGAAAAAGAAAAGGGCGAGAAAAAUGAAAUCAUCAAGCAGCUAGAAAAAGAUGUUCAAAAGAAAGACGAUGAAAUCCGAGAGCUUCAGAACGAAGUCGCUGGUUUCAAUGACGACCUGGAAACGGAAAGGAGGAACAAAGCAGUGUUGCUCAAGAAAUUGAAGGAUCGAGAGGAUGAGCUGGAAAAUGAGCUGAAUGAAGCGCUUAAAGAUAAGGAUGAUCAAAUCGAAGAGCUGGAGAAGCUAAAUGAAGCGCUUAUUGAAGCAAAUAAGGAGCUCAAGGAUGAUUUGGAUGAAGAAGAUGAUCAUAAAGCUGCUAAGAUCUUGGCCUUGAAAAACCUCGCCGACAAAGAAAAGGAAAUCGAAAAACUGAACUCCGAACUCGCAGAAAUCAAGGAAGAAAAAGCCUCCCUCGAAAACGACGUCGAAAAGCUCUUCCUCGAGCGAAAAGAUGCCAAGGAAGAACUGGCCGAGCUAACCACCGCGCACAAGGACCUAAUGAACGAGCUCCAGCAAGCAGCGGAUGAGUCGAAUGAUCACAAACUCGCCAAGCUCGCGGCGCUGAAAAAGAUCAAGGACUUGGAAGAGGAGAAAAAGGAGCUGCAGGAGCAAAUCGACACGUACGCAGAACAACUUGAUGCGGCGAGUGAAAUGAGCGAGCUGGACGAAAGAGCGCUUGCAGAUGCAAAGCACCAAAACAAACUGCUGAAUCAAACGCUCGACUCAGUCAAGUCCUCUGUUGAAGACUUGAAAAACGCGUCUUUCCAGGAAGACAAAGAAAACGAGGAGAAAAUCCAGGCGCUCGAGGCUGAAAAGGAAGAAAAGGUCAAAAUCAUUGAAGAACUCGAAGAAACCAUCAAAUCUCUGGAAGACCAAAUCGAAGAUCUCAACGGAGAGAGCGAAAAAUCCCGGGAAGAAAAGCUAAAAACGCUUGCCAAGAUCAAGCUUUUGGAAGAAGCUCAAACUGACAAAGAAAACUUGGAAGACGAGCUUGAAAAGACCAAGGCGAAUCUCGCCGCUCUAGAAAAACAAAUCAAAGACCAAGACGAAGCGAUUCAAGAUUUGGAAGAAGAACUCAACUCAAAAUCCACAGAAGUCGUCAAUUUGAAGCAAAAAGUGGCAGAGCUAGAAUCCGAGCUCGCGGAAGAGCAAGAAACUGCUGAUGGCGAUAGAGCAAAAGCGCUGAUUGUCGCGAAAGAAUUGAAAGAUCGACAGGACGAAAUUGAUUUCCUCAAAGAAGAGAUUGAAAACCUCAAGGCAGAAAAUGCCCAGCUCGCCGAAAAUCAAGAAUCCGAAGAAGAUCGAGCUAAAAAAUUGCUUGUCGCAAAAGAACUUGCUGACCGAAAAGAAGAUAUUGAAAAACUCAAUCAAGAGCUAGAAUCCCUCAAAGCAGAAAAUGCUGAGCUUGCGGAAAAUCAAGAAACAGAGGACGGUCGGGCCAAGAAAAUUCUCAUCGCCAAGGAACUUGCUGAUCGAAAGGAAGAAAUUGAAAAGCUCGAAGCUGCGAAUAAAUCUCUAGAAAACGAAAACGCCAAGCUCGAAUCAGAAAAGCAAGACGCUGAAGAUGAUCGAGCCAAGAAGGUUCUCAUCGCCAAGGAAUUGGCCGAGCGAAAAGAAGAGAUUGAAAAACUGACCGACGAACUCAACGAGCUCAAGGACAAAAACGAGGAGCUAGAAAAACAAGCGGCUGAAAAUGAAGAAGCCAAAGCAGCAAAACUCCUGAUCGCGAAAGAACUGAAAGAUCGAAAUGACGAGAUCGAGUCGCUCAAACAAGCUCUUGCUCUUGAAGAGCAAAACGCUCUCAAUUCAGCCGAUCCAAACAGAAUCAAAGAGCUCGAGGACGAAAUCGCGGCGCUGGAAGAUCAACGAGACCAGCAGGAAGCGAAGAUCAAGGGCUUGGAAAAAGAUCUCGAGUUUUCAAAAGUCCUCGAAGAUGAAAUUGACAAGAAAGAGAAAGAAAUUCUCGCGAAAGAUGAGCAAAUCCAAACCUAUGAACGAACGAUUGCAGAAAACAAUCGACAGUUGAAAGAUCUUCUCGUCCUGAAAAAAGCUGCGGACAAAGUUUCCGAACUCGAAAAAGAACUUGAAGAGGCGAAAACCGCCAAUGAAGGCCUUGAAUCGAACCUCUCCGCGCUCAAGGAAGAGCGAGAUGAGCUGAAAUCAGAACUCGAAGAGCUCCGAAAUGCCCAGGACGCUGACAGCUCUGCAGAAGAUCUUGCGAAGAAACCCCUCACGGGCUCGACCAAGACCUUGGAUUCCGGCAUCUUCGACAAGACGCAAACCCUCGAGGACAUUCCCCUCGGAAGCUCGACGGAAAACAUCCCCGCUGAACCACAAAUGAUAAUCAUCCGACGACUGCAGAUUGAAAACGAGCGUCUUAUUUCAGAGCGCGAUUCUGUCGGCGACGUUGAAACUCUCAAAAAAGAGUACCAAGAUGAAAAAGCUCAUUUGGAAGAAGACCUCGAUUUCCAGCAACAGAAAAUAAACGAGCUCACAGGUCAGCUGGAAAAACUGCUCCAAGAUAAAGCCGGACUCGAGGAGGACCUUGAACUCAAAAAUGAGGACCUCCAAGCGGUCGAAGAUGACCUUAGCGAUCUGAAGAACAAGCUGAAAAACUCGCAAGCGGAAAAUGAUGAAAUCAAGGAAGAGAAUGAAAAUCGACUCAAGGAACUCGUCGCUUUGAAGGCUCUCAAGGACAGAUCUGACGACAUUGAAGACCUUAAAAAGGAAGUUGAGGAACUGAAGGGCGAAAAAGAAGCUCUGGAAAAAGACCUUGAAGAAAAAUACCUUGAAGCUCUUGCAUUGAAAAAGUUGAUUGAAAACGAACAAGAGGAAAAAGCUCAGCUCAACGAAGCCUAUCAAGAACUCGAAGCUGAAUUGAGAGAAAAAGACGCAGAACUUUCCCAAAUCGAGGAGCAAGUGAAGAAUGAGAAAUUCGAGCGAGCCAAGACUUUAGCCGCGCUCAAAGCAUUGAAAAAAGCCGCAGAAUCGGAGGAGCCAGAGGAUUCUUCUGAAGAGGAAGAGUCGGACAUCUUCCCGGAUAUGAACGACGAAUCUCAACCGGAAGAAAUCAUUGAUGAUAUCAAAAAGAUUCUCGUCAUCAAAAAGUCCAAAGAAAUCAACAACCCUGAUCUUGAAAACCUAAAAGACCAGAUAGCCGAUUUGGAGGAUGAAAAUGACGAGCUCAAGGCGCAAAAUCACAAGCUCGAAGAAAUCCGACAGAAAAACAAGGAAGAGAUCGAAAAACUCACCGAAGAGAACGAAAAUCUCCACGAAGACGUUCAAUCCCGCCCUGGUUCGAUUACCCUUGCCCCGAUUGUCGCGCAGGAGCAGCAAGUUCAAUCGUCUAAUCCCUUUUUACAAACGCAUUCUGACAUUGAAAGCUCAAUUGAACAAGCAGUUUCUGCUGAGCCGUCAGUUGAUAACUCAAAUCUUCUGAAAGAACUUCAGGAUGAAAAUGAAAGGUUACAAGAAGAAAUGGCUGAUUUGAGAGCGCAGCUGGAUUUGACCCAGACUCAGAUGAAGUUUAUUACUGCGGAGAAGAGUGAUUCUGGCUCGAGUUCUGGUGACCUAGCGGAAGAAAAUGAGAAACUUAGAGCUGAAGUCAAGCGCCUUGCUGCCUUGGUCGCCAUGUACAAAGGCCGCGAUUCCGACGAUGAAGUCGACCUCCGCCCGGCCAAACGAGUCGACUCCGUCCCAGACCUUCUCGAAGCCGAUACCCAAAAGAACCUCAAGGAAGGCGUCCUCCACGAGCUAACUAACACCCAGAAAAAGCUCAAGGACGAAGAGGAGAAAAACAAGGACCUAGAGCGCAUCGUUGAAAAACUCAACCAAACAAUCAGCGAUCUCCAAAAGCCAGAAGCUCAGCAGAUGUUGAAAGAAGGAGCUUUGAGCGAACUCGAGCGAGAAAAGAAACGAAGAUCAGAGGCAGAAGACGAGCUUGCCAAAGCAAAGGAAGAAGCAGAACUAGCCAAGCAGCUGAAAGAAGGGGCGCUGGCAGAAGUCGACAGGCUGAACUCUUCCUUGAUUUCUUCAAAACUCGAAGAGCUGGAAAAGAGCGACUCGAAAUCGUCCUCGAGGCAGUCGACACCAAUCCCGUCCAAAAAACUCGACGAGUUGGAGCUCCAAACAAUGGAAAACGAAGUUCAACUUCAAGCGCUCAAGCCAAACGUCUCCGAACUCGCGAAAAAGAGCCCCGAAGAGCAAGAAAAGGCCCUCGAAGAUCUGAAAAGAAAUCUGAAAGAAAAAGCCGAGGAAAUCGACGAGCUCGAGAAAGAAAUCGAAGAACUAAAGGAUGAAAACAAGGAGCUAAAGAUCGAAGCAUACGACGCGGAAAAGCACAAAAAGAAGUUCAAAAAAGCGGUGGAAGAAAAACACGAGCUUGGUCAAGAACUUGAAGAAUUAACAACACUGUACGACCAACUCCUGGCCAAAAACGACGAGUUGAAACAAAAGCUCGCGCGUUGCCGAAAUGAACUGGAGCUGCUCCAGGAGCCCUACGACCAGCAGCUUCUUCAAAACGCUCAAAAUUCGAACAGACGUCUGUCCGACCCACUUCUCAUUAGAAUUCCAGCACCAGAACGAACUUUCGACGGCAUCAUGGCUCGGGAGCUGAAAAACAACGAUGAAAUUUUUGUUGAUGAAGAAAAACUAGCUGUUCAACGACGAGAUCCAAUCGAUGACGACGCUCUUUGGAAUAUUAAAAAGAUGAAGUGCGAUAUGCGACAGCUCCAAGCGCAACUGAGAGAACUUGACGAUCGAAAUUCAAAGCUGGAAAACAAGAACUCGCGUGCGCUUGAACAGACGGAUAUUCUUGAAGGGCACUUGAACAGGGCCUCACGUGACCAAUCUGACUUGAUGAAUAUGUCAAUCAGUUCGUCGAACAGAUCUCUCGACAGGAUAAACGAGAGCAUGACUGAUCAGCUCAUUCGUAACAGGGAUGAAAUGCGAGUCAUUGACGACGAAAACAAUCGACUUUCCUACGAACUGGAUCAGCUUAAACGAGAGCAUGAAGAAACUGAGCGUGAUCUCAAACAAGCUCGAAACAAGCUCAUCUGGCAGCAAAAAGAGCUCGAAGCCCUGCGAGAAACAACGGCGAAACCGAACGUCGAUGAUUAUGACAAACUCAUGACCGAAUACACCUCCGCCCUGGACAAGAUCGAGAAGCAGGAAGAAAUGCUUGAACAAGCAUCGAUGAGCUCAAAAGCGGAUGAUCUUCAAAGCCAUUUGGAUCAAAGCCGCGCGGAAUGCGAGUUGUAUGAGGAGGAAAUCGGAGAGCUGAAGAGCAAGAUCAAAGUUUUGGAGGGAAAAUUGAAGAGCUCAGGAAGAAGAUCUCCUGAUUCUGAAAUUCAAGAUAUGAGUCUUGGAGACUCCCUUGUCGAGAAAAUCGAAAAUCUGGAGGUAAAAGAUAACUGGACUGCUGAAGAAAAACUCAAGCUUGAGAUGGUGAAUGAAUUGCGGUACAUUUUCAGCGAGCCAGAAAUCGUCAGAGAAGAAGUUUCCGGUCCAUCUUCCCUCGAGUCCAGUUCUAGUGCUGGAAAGAAGAAGAAAGAAAGCAUCGAUGUUCUGAAAGAAUCCAAAGAAACUAUCCGCCUUCUUCAAUCCGCCCUAGAAAAGCUUGCCGACGAAUCAGACGAGCAUAAAGACGUCACUUCCGAACUCAAGGGUCUCUCAGAUCAAAGCGUCCGCCUGACAGAUCAGCUCAAAAAGCGACAGGAUUUCAUCGACAGACUCGUCGAAAAAUACAAAUCUUCUGAAGAAAAAGUCCGUGAUUUUAUCCGCCAAACGAUGAGAGCGAUUUUACAACGAGAACAAGAUCGAGUCGCCCAGCGAGUGAGCCAAGACGAGUCCGUGGCGAGCAUGACCUUUGACCUCUAG